CUUGGCUGGUGGCGGCCGACGACCUCUUCGAGAACAGGGAAAGACUCUUCCUCCUCGUUGCUUCCCCCUGCCCGCACUCUGACGCGGCAAUCUCGCGCCCCGUCUCCCGCUUCCGCUCCGCUUACUCGUCGUUGCCGUCGUGCUCCGAUCUCCGCCGCCGCGGCCGCUGCACCAAGUCGGGGCUGAGUGAUCUCUCCGGCUGACGAGUCUAGGCCGAGGCGCCGUCGCCGGCAGCAGGAGGCGGGGAAGAUCUCCGGCGCCAUGUCGUUGGAUUCGGACACCUCCUCGCAGGGCGGGGACCACAGGAGCUUCCGCCAUAUCACGCGAGAUCGUCUAUUAUUUGAAAUGCUAAGAUCAACUAGGAAGAAUUCGAAAUCAACAUGGAAGGUUCUUAUCAUGGAUAAGUUUACAGUCAAGAUUAUGUCGUAUGCAUGUAAGAUGGCAGAUAUCACAGAAGAAGGGGUUUCAUUGGUCGAAGAUUUAUAUAAACGGAGGCAACCAUUGCCGUCACUGGAUGCCAUAUAUUUCAUCCAACCAACUAAAGAAAACAUUGUCAUGUUCCUAUCUGACAUGUCAGGAAGAAGCCCUUUGUACAAGAAGGCAUAUGUGUUUUUCAGUUCUCCCGUACAUAAAGAAUUAGUUGCUCAAAUAAAGAAGGAUUCAAGUGUACUACCUCGUAUCGGCGCACUUAGUGAGAUGAAUCUGGAGUACUUUGCUAUUGAUUCCCAGGGUUUCACAACUGACCAUGAGAGGGCAUUGGAAGAACUUUUUAGCGAAAAUGCAGAAGGGUCUCACAAGUACAAUGCUUGUCUGAACACAAUGGCUACUCGUAUAUCUACAGUAUUUGCAUCAAUGAGGGAAUUCCCCCGUGUACACUACCGUGUUGCCAAGACAAUUGAUGCUUCUACAAUGACAACACUACGAGACUUGGUCCCCACAAAGCUUGCUGCUGGUGUGUGGAAUUGUCUUGCGAAGUAUAAAACGACAAUACCUGAAUUUCCUCAAACAGAAACAUGUGAAUUACUUAUAGUAGACCGUUCAAUAGACCAGAUUGCGCCAAUUAUUCAUGAAUGGACGUAUGAUGCCAUGUGCCAUGAUCUGCUAUGUAUGGAUGGCAACAAGUAUGUUCAUGAGGUUCCAAGUAAAAAUGGGUCAGCAACUGAAAAAAAGGAGGUCCUGUUAGAAGAUCAUGACCCUAUCUGGCUUGAGCUUAGGCAUGCCCAUAUAGCAGAUGCAAGCGAGAGGCUUCAUGAUAAGAUGACCAACUUCGUUUCAAAGAACAAAGCAGCACAACUGCACCAAGCAAGCAGAAACGGUGGAGAAGUAUCUACAAGAGAUUUACAAAAAAUGGUUCAGGCUCUUCCACAGUACAGCGAUCAAAUUGACAAGCUUUCCCUGCAUGUUGAGAUUGCAGGAAAACUCAAUAACAUAAUACGGGAGCAAUGUCUGCGGGAUGUUGGACAGCUAGAACAAGAUCUUGUGUUUGGCGAUGCUGGAACGAAAGAACUAAUCAAUUUUUUGAGAACACAAUUGGGUGUAAGUCGUGAAAAUAAGUUGCGCUUGCUGAUGAUUUAUGCAGCACUUAACCCGGAGAAGUUCGAAAGCGACAAGGGUGCAAAAUUGAUGCAGUUGGCAGGAUUAUCUGUUGAUGACAUGAUUGCUGUAAAUAAUAUGCGUUGCUUAUGUGGGCCUGAUACAAAAAAGUCCUCAGGAGGAGGUUUUACACUAAAAUUUGAUGUUCAUAAGAAGAAACAUGCACAUCGAAAAGAGCGAACAUGGGAAGAAUCAGCAUGGGCGCUCUCCCGAUUUUAUCCUGUUUUAGAGGAAUUGAUUGAGAAGCUUAGCAAAGGUGAGCUGCCAAAAGAUGAAUAUAACUGUAUGAACGACCCUAGUCCUAGUGCUCAUGGAGUGCCAACCAGUAGCUCUGUCCGAACAAGUCCAGCUCACUCAAUGCGAUCUAGACGAACAGGUGGCACAUGGGCCAGACCUCGUGGAUCUGAUGAUGGAUAUUCAAGUGAUUCUGUGUUGAAGCAUGCAUCCAGUGACUUCAAAAAACUUGGGCAGCGUAUAUUUGUUUUUGUAAUUGGCGGUGCUACUCGUUCAGAGUUACGUGCUGCACACAAACUUUCGUCCAAGCUGAAGCGGGAGGUCAUCCUUGGUUCAUCUAGCCUUGACGAUCCCCCCCAAUUCAUCACAAAACUGAAGUUGAUGUCAGCAGAACUGUCACUUGAUGAUCUUCAGAUAUAAAUAGCGUCAUACCCACUUGGAAGUUGGAAUGGUGCUGUUCAAUGUUCACCGUAAAUUGUAUGUAUCCUUUUUAUUUUCUUCAUAAUUCUUGUAUCAGCUCGUGUGUGAGGCAGCAUCAUAUUCAUUUGGUAGAAAGUGUAUCAUCAACACUACCUGUAGUCUUGAUUGCGAAAGUGUAUAAUCAACACCACCUGUAGUCUUGAUUGAAUGAAUGUACAUAAUAGUGGGCAACAGCUCUAACCAUACGGAUCAUCUUUUUUAAGAUUGGGCCAAUGAUUUGUUGGUUUCUUUAUCCACAUAUGUUGAAACUGGUUACAUACACUGUAAAUGUAAUUGUAUGAUGGUAGUAGUUCAUUAA